GGCACCAGCCUCGCGGGGCCCAUGAGCAGUGGCUAGUGCCAGCCCGGGCUCCUUCCCUCUCCGGCUCCUCUCUGGAUUACCCGCCGCUGCUGGAGUUGCCACCACAGAAGAGCUCCAUGGCAGGAUCUUGUGAGAUCAGCAACAUCUUCUCCAACUACAUCAGCGCCAUGUACCAGCCCGACGAGGUGCAGCCAAGCUUGGACAUGCUGGGACAGCUUGGGGAUGACAGCAACCUGGGGCUUAGCCUGCCAGCCAGCCAGCCCCCAGCACAGAGCACAGACAAGCCCGAGUGGUUCAGUGAGCUCCCGUACUUCUGGACCAAGGUGCAGGUGCUGGAGUGGAUCAGCUACCAUGUGGAGAAGAACAAGUACGAUGCCAGCUCCAUCGACUUCUCCUGCUGCAACAUGGACGGGCACACGCUGUGCCACUGCAGCAGGGACCAGAUGCGCCUCAUCUUCGGGCCCCUGGGGGAUGAGCUCUACGACCGCCUGCACGAGAUCAGUGAGUGCACCUCUGAUGAGCUGAACUGGAUCAUUGAUUUGCUGGAAAAAGAGGAUGCAUCUUCCCAGACCUUCCUGAACUCCAGUCAGCUGGAGCUGGGAAAUUCCUGCGCCAAGGACUCCCUGGAGGACUUAAAGCCCACAAACCCUUUCACAGACUUCACCUGCUUGCCUGGUUCCAUGUCCCCAGGCAGCUCUGAUGUCUCAGGUCAGUGGCCUGUGAUGUCCCACAGCCCCAACUCUCAAGACUCCGGUGGAAGUGACCUCGACCUCGACCCUGCAGAAUCAAAGCUCUUCCCUGAUGACCACUUUCCAGGCAGCAAAAAAGGGGACAGCAAACAUGGCAAGCGGAAACGGGGACGGCCCCGAAAACUCAGCAAGGACAGCAGAGACUGCCUGGAGAACAGGAAGAGCAAGCACUCCCCAAGAGGUACCCACCUGUGGGAGUUCAUCCGGGACAUCCUGAUCCACCCCGAGCUGAACAAGGGGCUGAUGAAGUGGGAGGACCGACAGGAGGGCGUCUUCAAGUUCCUGCGCUCGGAAGCAGUGGCUCAGCUCUGGGGCCAGAAGAAGAAAAACAGCAGCAUGACCUACGAGAAGCUGAGCAGAGCCAUGCGAUACUACUACAAACGAGAGAUCCUGGAGAGAGUCGAUGGACGACGGCUGGUGUACAAGUUUGGGAAGAACUCCAGCGGCUGGAAGGAAGAGGAGGUGCUCAACAGGAACAAGGAGCUGUAGGAGUCCUGGAUGAACCAGGGUCUGACAAGCCCCUCAGGGCCAGCCCUGAGCUGGGCUCCUUGACAGGAAACUUUGCCUGCAGCUGUAUGUGGAAGCUGCUGGCCCAUGCAGCGUGUGGAAUUCUGAGCCUCACAUGGGCACGCUCGUGUGUGCGGGUGACUGCCAGCACCGACGUGUUCAGAGCCCAUCUUUUGGCUCCAGUAGGUUAUUGCAAACUGUGACUCCCUUGCUGGAUCCGUACCUCCAGUUGGAGCCGUUGGGACUGUGGCUGUUUCAAAGCCUGAACAGAUGCAAGGGGGAAGAGAAUUUCAAGCCCCACUGUGAGAGCCCAGCAGGUCUCCUGCUAUCACCCACCUCCUGCCUGGG